GCAAGCACUUGAAGAAGAAAAAAGAAGAAGAAGAAGAAGAAGAAAAUGGCGCUACCCCUUCUUCGAAUUCCCAGUAGUAGUUGUUGUUCCAUUCCAUUUAUUAAUACAAAGCCACAAUAUCUUCCUUCUAAAACCCUCCGCAAGUCGACGGUGGCAGCAGCGACGGAGCUUCAAACGCCGGUGAGACUAACUGAAGCAAACGAUUACCGGUAUCCUAGUGGCGAUGCUCCAACGCAUAAGGUCACAGUUCACGAUAGACAACGAGGAGUUGUUCACGAAUUCCUCGUACCCGAGGACCAAUAUAUAUUACAUACUGCUGAGUCUCAGAAUAUUACCCUUCCAUUCGCCUGCAGGCAUGGUUGUUGUACUAGUUGCGCUGUUCGCAUAAAGAAUGGGAAGAUUAAACAGCCAGAGGCACUUGGGAUAUCUGCCGAAUUGAGAGAGCAGGGUUAUGCACUUCUUUGUGUGAGUUUCCCAUACUCUGAUCUUGAAGUAGAAACUCAAGAUGAAGAUGAGGUAUAUUGGCUUCAAUUUGGACGUUAUUUUGCAAGAGGACCAGUGGAAAGAGAUGACUACGCCUUGGAGUUGGCCAUGGGUGACGAGUAAGCAGUGCAGAAAAUCUUACAAGCAGCUUUGCAAAGAAUGCAAGUUUUGUCUCCUUUCCUUUUCUCAGUAGCACUGAUACUUCAUAUUGAAGAUAUGUAUGAGUAUCUGACAUGUGUGGGCGUUCGACACUCAUACGACACUGACACGUGUAAUUAUAUUCAACAAUUUUCAUUUACUCAAAUUAUGAAUAUGAUUAAUGUCUACAUGUUACUUGGUGUGUUCAGUGUCGGUAUCUUUACGUGUGUCUAUGCUUCAAAAAUCUUAUUCUCCCAUGUGUUUAUGUGUAUUUUCUAUGGUC